UGGCACAACAAGAGUCGCAGAGUCCUUUAAAAGCGAACGCUCCCUAUGCCCAUCCCCGAAGCGCAAACACAAAAGCGCUAAUCUUGUGAGAGCGAGCGAGGUGGGGGACGUGGUGACUGCUGCAGUUUUUUUAUCUUACACGUACUUGUCCUGAGGAACAUCGUCGGUGGACGUUCGCGAAUCGCACACCCAUCCGUACACGCAACGCAACCAAGAAACAUGAAAUCGCUGGACUGAUCCCACCCCGAAUACCUUCAAGAUUAUGUGAUUUUUCUCUCACAGAGAAUACUAAGACAAGUAAAUAAAAACCAAAGUUAAGCUAACAAAAUGUAUCAAGAUAAUGAAAAAAGACUGCUCAAGCCCACAAAUAGUGAUCCACAUGUUGUUCACACACCCUAUGUGGAAACCUAUCCCUUGCCAGCUCCAAUUUUCUACUCUCCGACAAAGCUAUCGCACAACAAUAGCUUUGAUCGGUUCAUCCCAACACGAUUGGGAAACAACUGGCAGACUACCUUCUCCAUGAUAUCAGAUGGACAGAGAAAUAAUGCAGCUAGCAAACAAAAGAGAGAAAAUAAUGGAGAGAGCAACCGAGAUGGAGUUGCAUACUCCUGCUUAUUGAAAAAUGAAUUGCUAGGUGCUAGUAUAGAGGAUGUCAAAAGUCAAAGCGAAGAAAGAAGAAUCCUUUCUCCAGUUCAAGGCAGAAAUCUCUUCAAAUUCACGACACCAACAAAAGACAGGUCGAUGGAUCAAUGUUCACCAUACUCAUUAUCACCGCUCAGCGCAAAAAGUCAAAAAUUGCUGCGGUCGCCCAGGAAAGCGACAAGAAAGAUAUCGCGGAUACCAUUCAAAGUGCUGGACGCCCCCGAACUACAAGACGAUUUCUAUUUAAAUCUUGUCGACUGGUCAUCGCAAAAUGUGUUGAGCGUUGGACUCGGUAGCUGCGUGUAUUUAUGGUCGGCUUGCACGAGUCAAGUGACGAGACUUUGCGAUUUAACUCAGGAUCAAAACAGUGUGACUUCUGUUGCUUGGAAUGAGAGGGGUAAUCUCGUUGCCGUAGGUACUCACCAUGGUUACAUUCAAGUCUGGGAUGUUACGACUAACAAGCAGGUCAACAAACUCGUAGGGCACAGUGCACGAGUAGGAGCCUUGGCGUGGAACGGUGAAGUACUAUCGUCAGGUUCGCGUGACCGAAUGAUAAUACAACGGGACGUGCGAACACCAUGUAUCGUACCACAACGAAAAUUAUCAGCUCAUCGUCAAGAGGUUUGUGGUUUGAAGUGGUCACCCGAUAACCAGUAUUUAGCAAGUGGUGGUAACGACAAUCGGCUUUACGUCUGGAAUCUCCACUCAAUCACACCGGUUCAAACGUAUACCGAGCACGUAGCUGCUGUCAAAGCUAUUGCUUGGUCGCCUCAUCACCAUGGACUUUUGGCGUCUGGUGGCGGCACUGCAGAUAGAUGUAUCAGAUUUUGGAAUACACUCACUGGUCAGCCGAUGCAGAGCGUUGAUACGGGGUCACAAGUGUGCAAUUUGGCCUGGAGUAAGCACAGCUCAGAGCUGGUAAGCACACACGGCUACUCACAAAACCAAAUCCUCGUUUGGAAGUACCCAAGCCUGACACAAGUAGCCAAAUUGACAGGACACUCUUAUCGAGUGCUCUAUUUAGCGAUGUCUCCAGACGGUGAGGCGAUAGUGACAGGAGCUGGUGAUGAGACUUUACGCUUUUGGAAUGUCUUUAGCAAAGCCCGAAGCCAGAAGGAAAACAAAUCGGUACUGAACCUUUUCACAAGUAUCCGAUAAAGUCAAAAGACAGCAAAAACGCGUGUGUGUGACGGAACAAUUUUCGUUGUUCUAUUCUCUGUAAAUAGCUAGAACACAAUCGGUAUCUUGAUGGGGAAACAAAAAAUUUCACUCACUAAUUGCGGGGUGUUUUAUCAUGAUUUGGUACAGGCCGUAAAAUUAGCUUUUCGGACUUAUUGUAUCAAUUUCAUUUUUUUGAUAAGUGGAUUAUAUAUUAUUUUGUUGUUAUUUAAAAAAAAUUCUCUUAAGUAUGAGAAAUGGACUAGUUUCUCAAAAUUCAAAGCCAAAGAUUAAAUUGCGAUAAGGGGGGAAAUUUGUAUUGAGAGAAGUUUCUUUGGAAAGUAUAGUUCUUAUUUAUUUCUAUACAUUUAACCUAUUUUCUAAGUAAAUUUAAAUCUUUUCGUAAACUUUACAUGCUUGAAAAUUUUUUUUCUAAAUAUUUAUUUUUUAGAGUCAGUACUAAAUGGCGUUAUUUAAAAAAAACAACUCCGGAAAGCUAACUUUCGAAAAAUUGACCAAAUCU